AUGCGCACAGACGAGGGGAAGAAACCCAUCGCACUUAUAGAUGCGGACCACUACAUAAUAAACUACAGAAGCACCAUAACGACGUAUGUACAAAAUAUCUGCAACAAUUUGGUAAAGGCGAAUGGGGACUCAGCAGAUGAUGCUAAUAAUGAGUGGGACGCCAAGAGGAGGGAACGGAUCAUCUGCGUUUUCAUGUUCAGCAUGUAUCUUAACAAUAUCCACAGGAAUUUAAAUCUGUUCGGCUACUUACAUGACGUGUUGUUAAAGUAUAACCAUCUGAUGGGGAGAAGCAGGGCCAACCAAGGGGGGACAGAAAGGGGAGAGGAUAGCAAGAUGGAUAAACGGAACCAUGGCGACGUGAAUGAAACUACCCUGGGUGGAGGAACAUCGCAGGAGGGGGAGGGGCGGAAGAAACAGGUAGAAAUGGAAACCCCUGCUGAACAGUACCUCGGAAAUGAGGAUGAAGGGUCCACCUGGGAAGGCCCCAAUCGAGAUGGGAACCGCGGUGAAACCAGAGACAUGGCCCACUUCAUGCACGAUCUCAUAAAAGACAAAAACUACGUCAACAUGGACAACGUGACGAAGUCGAAAGUCUGCUUCUUAAACAUAAAAAAUAAAGGGAAGAAUGCGAAGGGGUCGCAUGAAUCGUUAAGAGAAGCCUUCGACGCGGAAGGGCACAGGUGUGCAACUGAACUGAGCAGCAACUCGAAAAUGGGUGGGACGGAUCCGGGCCAUGCGACUAAGGGGAGCAGCACUAGUGACAGCGAUGAGGAUGCAGCGGAAGGCGCCAUGGAACACGUGGCUGAGGAUUCCGCUCCUAACUCCGCUGCGGAUUCCGUCAAGUGUGCCUCGCAUCCCGACGGAGAUGGCACAUAUCGCUCGACCAAUCACAGCACGCAGGCCGAGGCUGUCGACGAAGCGAGUCUAGAGGACCCGCGAGACGACUCCUUCCACGAAUCGCAAGGUAGCACCUACCGCUUUAGAAACUCCUUGCCAUUGUGCCAAGAUCAAAAGCAGUUUUUAAUAAACUACAGUAAUGUAAACCUCAAGAUGAAAAAUUUUGACAGUCUACUCUGUGUGGAAAACUUUCUCGUGGAACAAAAAAAACAAACAAACAUACAACAUUCCUCGAAGGAAAUAGAAAACCUGUACAGAAUAAUUGUACUGUCCAAAUUACACAUAGGAGUCUACCCCUUUUUAACCUUUUUAAAAAAAAAAAAAUAUUUUUUAAUAUUUUUCAGUUGUAAUAAAAAGUUAACACAGACACUAUUCAGAUAUUUUAAAAUUUCGAAGCAUUUUAAAAAUUGUUACAAAAUAAUUGACUCAUUUGAGGAACUGAAAAAAAUUGGAAACGCCGAUAAAGACGUGCUCAUAUUUAGUAAUCGUGAAUGUUUUGUAACUUGCGCAAAAAGGGAAGGAUAUUUUAAAGUAGCAGGAGGUAAGAGAAAUCCCUCCAUGGCAACAAACUGUGAUGAUGUCAAUUGGGAUGUGUUAUCACAAAGGGAGAGUCAUCUUUCAAAUACUUCCGACUACAUAUCGAAUAAAUAUAACGACGUUGUGUAUCCCUUUGUGCGAAAUUGUAAUUUAACGGAGGACAUACUAUCAUGGCGCAUUUUUUACAUUUUUAAAAAAUAUAUGUACAUACACGGAACGGUAGUGAAAGGAUUUGGAAGAGGCAGUAAAUACUUAAACAUCCCGACGGCCAACAUUGACUACUCGAAUUUAACCUGCAUCGAUAUUAUGCCUGGAAUAUACUUUGGUAUAUCCAGAUUGAAAAAAAAGAUUUACAAAACGGUGGUUUCAAUUGGCUAUAAUCCCUUCUUUGAAAAUAAGCACAUAACUGUAGAAGCCUUUUUAUACUACAAGACGAAUACUUUAUUUUAUGGUCAGGACAUCCAUUUAAUUAUUGUUGGUAUUCUUCGAAGCGAAAGCAACUUUUCCUACUUUUCUCACCUCAUUCAUGCCAUCCAGUUUGACUGCGAAAUCGCACGCAUCAUUCUCAGCAAACUUCAGGAUGACGAGCAGUUUAUCCGCUGCAGGGAUUACCUCCAGUCGUUGUAG